GAGCGGGCUUAAAUGAAACAUCCGUAUGCCAGGUGUGUCGCCGGACAGCGCCAGGCUUGGGCAUAUGCAUAUCGCCUAUAUUUCCCGCCAUUUGUCUCUGAACGAAUCAAGGCAGAAGAAAUAAGGGAAAACCCUAUCUAAUGGAAGAAGGGGAAAGCAAUUUCGGGAGAGAAGAAGACGAAGCAGAAACAGAGCUCUUGAGGGAUCGGUUCCGACUCUUCGCUGUUUCAAUUGCGGAGGCUGAAGCCAAAAGAAAUGAAAUGGAGAUAUCCCAGCCAGUCAUGGAGUGCAUAGCCGACCUCGCCUUUAAAUUUUCAGAGCAGUUGGCAAAAGACUUGGAACUAUUUGCACAUCAUGCGGGCCGCAAGUCUGCAAACAUGGAAGAUGUCAUACUUUCUGCACAUAGGAAUGAGAACCUGGCUACCUCAUUGAGAUCCUUUUGCAAUGACCUGAAGGGCAAAGAACCCCAAAGUGAGAGGAAGCGGAAGAAAGCUCUAAAAAAAGAAAAGACUACACCCAGCGCUUUUCACAUUUCUUGAUUAUUGAUGCAUUUGGUUCUUUUGCUUGCUGGGUUACAUAAUUCUUUGGUUGUUUGUUUUGAAUUGUAUUCGGAAAUGAUUGAAUUGAACUAAUUGUUGAACAUAAAUGCAGAUAUAAAAAUAUUCAUUAAUCAACAAGAAAACAG